AUGUUGGAUCUUCUCAAGAACAAGCCGUUUGUGCCAGAGAACAAUGGGGAAGGAGAAAUUCACGCGAGAUACGACAAUCUAAUAGAAAAAGUCGCGGUGGGUUAUACGAUCCAAGUCACAUUUUGUGUGUUUUCUUUAUUAGGAACGACGUUGAUGGGUGAUUUUCAGUCGAAAAAAUUAAUGUUCCGCGCCUGGUUUCCUUUCGACAUCACCUCCUCGUGGUUUGCGUUUUCUAUGACGUUCCUCUAUCAGUUCGUGGGUUUAGUGAUCAUAUCCAAUGGUGUCUGUAUUUUCGACACGUUAUUCGCCGGCCUAUUGCUUCACAUAUGUUGUCAACUGGAGAUGCUGGUUUAUCGUUUGCACAAUAUCGAAGGAAAUGAAAUUCAAUCGAUAAAACACUGUGUUUGGCAUCAUAAUAAAAUAUUCAGGUUCGCCGAUAUAGUAAACCAAUUUUUUAACAAAUUAAUGUUCGUGCAAUUUGUGGAAAGCGCAAUCUCGAUAUGCUUUACCCUUUACCUACUAACAGACAUAGAAGACACUGCGCAAUUAAUAGGAUGGUCUUCGUUCAUGUUUGCCGCCAUAUUUCAAACCUUUUACUUUUGUUGGUUCGGAGAUGUAGCGAAAGUAAAGAGCCUGGAUAUUUCUAAUAUGGUAUAUAACAGCGAUUGGCCAAAUUUGAGCAACGACGCCAGGAAGAUGCUUGUGGUAAUCAUGGCACGUUCAUUGACGCCUGUUGAGAUUACAAGCGCCUAUAUUUUACCCAUGAACUUGGAAUCUUUCAAAGGUUUGAUGAAAGUUGCUUACUCGGCGUACAACAUGUUGCUGCAGAGUCAGUCAUCAGAGUAG